ACAUUCAUAUAUCUAUAUAUCUAUCUACACCUAUAUAUAGAUAUAGAGAGAGAAAGUAGAGAGAGAAAGGUCUUUGUUUUAUCAUCAACCGAUCUUUGCCAAGGGACAAGGGAGUUUGAGUAGCAAUGUCAUCUCUAAGUAGAGAGCUAGUGUUCCUGAUAUUGCAGUUUCUUGAUGAAGAAAAAUUUAAGGAGACUGUUCACAAGCUCGAACAAGAAUCGGGGUUUUUCUUUAACAUGAAGUAUUUUGAGGAUGAGGUGCAUAAUGGGAACUGGGAUGAGGUUGAGAAAUACCUUUCUGGUUUCACUAAAGUUGAUGAUAAUCGAUAUUCGAUGAAGAUAUUUUUCGAAAUAAGGAAGCAGAAGUAUCUUGAGGCAUUGGAUAAGCAUGAUAGGUCAAAGGGUGUUGAGAUCCUUGUAAAAGAUCUUAAAGUGUUUGCUUCAUUCAAUGAAGACCUUUUUAAGGAGAUAACACAAUUGUUGACUUUGGAAAACUUUAGGGAGAAUGAACAAUUGUCCAAAUAUGGAGAUACUAAAUCGGCCAGGGCUAUAAUGUUGGUUGAGCUAAAGAAGCUUAUUGAAGCAAAUCCCUUGUUUCGUGACAAAUUGCAAUUUCCAAACCUUAAGAAUUCAAGGUUAAGGACUCUCAUAAACCAAAGCUUGAAUUGGCAGCACCAACUUUGCAAGAACCCAAGGCCAAAUCCAGAUAUCAAAACUUUAUUUGUAGACCAUUCGUGUGGACAACCAAACGGUGCACGUGCUCCGUCACCGGCUAACAAUCCACUUCUUGGUUCGUUACCAAAAGCUGGAGGCUUCCCACCUCUCGGUGCACAUGGGCCGUUUCAACCUACACCAGCUCCAGUACCGACUCCCCUUGCAGGUUGGAUGUCUAAUCCCCCAGCUGUAUCUCAUCCAACAGUAUCUGGUAGUGCAAUUGGUCUUGGUAGUCCCUCUAUUUCAGCAGCUUUGAAGCACCCAAGGACUCCAACAAAUCCUUCUUUGGAUUACCCAUCUGCAGAAUCUGAUCAUAUUAGCAAACGAACAAGGCCCAUGGGGAUAACUGACGAGGUUAAUCUGCCUGUUAACGUGUUGCCUGUGUCAUUUCCGGGUCUUGCCAGUCAUAGUCAAGCUUUUAGUGCACCUGAUGACUUGCCUAAAACAGUUGCAAGGACUCUAAAUCAGGGCUCAUCUCCUAUGAGCAUGGACUUUCAUCCUAUUCAACAAACAUUACUCUUAGUCGGAACAAAUGUGGGAGACAUUGGACUAUGGGAAGUUGGUUCAAGGGAAAAGCUGGUUCUUAAGAAUUUCAAAGUUUGGAAUCUCAGUGCAUGUUCAAUGUCUCUGCAGGCUGCUCUAGUGAAGGAUCCUGGUGUCUCAGUGAACCGUGUAAUUUGGAGUCCAGAUGGAGCAUUGUUUGGAGUUGCGUAUUCAAGGCACAUUGUACAAAUAUAUUCAUAUCAUGGAGGUGAUGAUGUCAGACAGAAUGUAGAGAUUGAUGCUCAUGUUGGCGGAGUAAAUGAUCUUGCAUUCUCUCAUCCCAACAAGCAACUUUGUGUGAUAACUUGUGGGGAUGACAAGACCAUCAAGGUCUGGGAUGCGACAACUGGUGUUAAAAAGUACACUUUUGAAGGUCAUGAAGCUCCUGUAUAUUCUGUAUGCCCUCACUAUAAAGAGAACAUUCAGUUCAUAUUUUCAACGGCUUUGGAUGGGAAGAUAAAAGCAUGGUUGUAUGAUAACAUGGGAUCACGAGUUGAUUACGAGGCUCCGGGUCGCUGGUGCACAACAAUGGCAUACAGUGCUGAUGGGACAAGGCUCUUUUCAUGCGGGACUAGCAAGGAUGGGGAGUCACACAUUGUGGAAUGGAACGAGAGUGAAGGGGCUGUAAAAAGAACGUAUAUGGGUUUCCGGAAACGAUCUCUAGGUGUUGUUCAGUUUGAUACUACUAAAAACCGGUUUUUGGCAGCCGGUGAUGAUUUUUCCAUUAAAUAUUGGGAUAUGGACAAUACUCAGCUUUUGACAAGUAUUGAUGCUGAUGGAGGUCUUCCGGCAAGCCCACGUAUCCGGUUCAAUAAAGAUGGCGCCCUCUUGGCUGUUUCUGCGAAUGAUAAUGGUAUAAAAAUUCUGGCAAAUUCAGACGGUCUUAGAUUACUUCGCACUUUUGAGAAUCUUUCAUUCGAUGGUGCUGCUUCAAGAACUCCUGAAGCUGCGAAGCCUACCAUCAACACUAUAUCUGCUGUGGCGAAUAAUAGUGCUGCAUUAGCAGAAAGGGUUCAAUCAGUUGGGUCAAUCUCUGCAGUGAACGGUGAUGCCCGAAGCAUGGCAGAUGUGAAACCUAGGAUUGGGGAAGAAUCCAAUGACAAAUCAAAGAUUUGGAAACUCACUGAGAUUAAUGAAGCUUCUCAGUGUCGGUCACUGAAGCUCCCAGAGAACAUGAGAGUGACGAAGAUAUCAAGAUUGAUAUAUACAAAUUCUGGAAAUGCUAUAUUAGCAUUAGCAUCGAAUGCUAUCCAUUUGUUGUGGAAAUGGCAACGUAAUGAACGUAACUCAAGUGGCAAGGCAACGGCUGGUGUUUCACCACAGCUAUGGCAACCUUCAAGUGGAAUUUUGAUGACUAAUGAUGUGGCGGAGACUAACCCUGAAGAAUCUGUGGCCUGCUUUGCUUUGUCUAAAAACGAUUCUUAUGUGAUGUCUGCGUCAGGAGGAAAGAUCUCCUUGUUCAAUAUGAUGACAUUCAAGACAAUGACUACAUUCAUGCCUCCACCACCUGCAGCAACGUUUCUUGCUUUCCAUCCACAAGACAACAACAUCAUAGCAAUUGGUAUGGAUGACUCAACAAUCCAGAUCUAUAACGUUCGUGUUGAUGAGGUUAAAAGCAAACUAAAAGGCCACUCAAAAAGAAUCACGGGUCUUGCCUUUUCUCAUGUGCUAAAUGUCCUAGUCUCAUCUGGAGCUGAUGCUCAGAUCUGCGUAUGGAGUUCUGAUGGAUGGGAAAAACAAAAGUCACGGUACGUCCAACUCCCUCCAGGGAGGACACCGUCACCACAGUCUGAUACUCGGGUUCAGUUUCAUCAUGAUCAGAUCCAUUUUCUUGUUGUUCACGAGACUCAACUCGCUAUCUAUGAAACAACAAAACUAGAAUGCGUAAAACAGUGGAUCCAACGUGAAUCUUCAGCCCCAAUAUCACAUGCAACUUUUUCAUGUGAUAGUCAGCUGAUAUAUGCAAGCUUCCUAGAUUCAACUAUUUGUGUGUUCACUGCUUCUCACCUCCGUCUUCGUUGUCGUAUUAAUCCAGCUGCAUAUCUUACAAGUAACUUAAAUGUGCACCCGCUGGUGAUCGCUGCUCAUCCACAAGAACCUAAUCAAUUUGCAUUAGGCCUUUCAGAUGGAAUGGUUCAUGUUUUGGAGCCUCUUGAAUCUGACGGCAGAUGGGGUGUGCCACCACCAGCUGAAAAUGGCUCCACAAGCACUGUCCCCGCUACACCCCCAGCUGCUGGUUCAGGGUCGGAACAACCCACCCAAAGAUGACCAUGCUGUUUCCAGGAGCUAAAUACUUUCUGUGCAGUUCCAACUUAGUAGGUAUCUUGUCAUUAUUGUUGGAGAUUAUUUUACCUUUUUGGUUUUUUCUGUUUUUUUUGUCAAUUCAGUUUGCAAAUGCUGGAAAAUGUUUAGUUAGUGAAUUGACUUGUUCUAACUUGUUAUGUAAGAUGUUGUGAAGCGUAAAUGCCAAUAGUCUCAUGUUAUUUUAA